UGUGUUUCGAAAGGGUGCCCCUGCGAAGCCGAGUGCGGGUCGAGUGGCUCCCACCCCGGCCCGUGCCGCCAGCUGAGGCGCCGUGCACUGACGCGGAUACGGCGAUAGUUUAGCUGGCGUGUGUGUGGUGGUGACCUGCCGGUGACCGCAGCGGGAACGGAAACUUCACACCCGUCUGCCAGCUCCAGCGCGACUUUACACCGGGCCGCGUCUGGUCGGAGCGGACCAUGAAGAUGGCGCUGGCUGGGGGCAAGGCGUCCCGGUUCUCUGUCCGAGACAUCCUCAACCUCAGGGAGACGACCUGCGAGGAGCGCUCCACGUCACCCGCCGCGUGCGCCUCACACACAGGGGCGUCUGGCCACUGCGCGGCGCGGGACCACGAGUCGGAGAGACUCGAGUUCUCAGCUGCGGCCGACUGUUCCGACCGAGAGGAGCAGGACGGCAGCGAACUGGGCGCAGACGAGACGGCCGAUGACGCCGGAGAUGACGGACCUGAUGACGGCGGCGGUGACGGCGGUGAUGACGGCGGCGGUGAGGGACCCGACGGCACCCCUCUGCCGGCCAAGAAGCGGAAGCGCCGCGUGCUCUUCAGCAAGGCUCAGACGUAUGAGCUGGAGCGCCGGUUUCGGCAGCAGCGCUACCUGUCCGCGCCCGAGCGGGAGCACCUGGCCAGCCUGAUCCAGCUGACACCCACCCAGGUGAAGAUCUGGUUCCAGAACCACCGCUACAAGACGAAGCGGGCGCACCAGGAGAAGGGUCUGAGCCUGCUGCCGCUGGGCUCGCCGCGCCGGGUUGCCGUGCCGGUGCUGGUCAGGGACGGCAAGCCGUGCCCGGCCGGUGCCGUGAAGCCCGACCCGGUGUUUCCGGUGCCGCUGGAGCUGCUGCCGUUCGCCGGCGUGCCCGUCUCGUCGGCGAUGAUGGCGCAGAUGGGCGCGCUGCCCGCCUACGGCCACCCGCUGAUGGCGCCGCGCUGGUGGUGACACACGGUGCACUGGUCCCAGCUGCUGGCCGCCGCUGGUCAGGGGGCGCGGGAGCCGCCGCAGUGAGGUCCGCCCAGCCGCAGUGAGGUCCGCCCAGCCGCAGUGAGGCCGCCGCCGGCCCCCGCCCGCCGCUGGUUUGUGAUACGGAGACGCGGCAGACGCGGCUCCGCACCGGCCGGUGACUCUCGUUGUUGAACUCAGUCGAGACGAGUUUGUGAAAUAUUUAUUACAGAGAACCCGGGCAUUGGACACUGCACGUGCAAAGUGCCUUUGUCGAAUUGUUUUAUUGUCAACUGUGUCAACUAGUUUACUCGGAGGUAUUUGCCCUGGUUCCUAGAUGUUUCCAUUAGUACAAAUCUCAUCAAACGCAUUGGAUGUGCCAGCGCCACGACAUGAUAUUAUAGUUAACCAAAUCAGGCCACUUCAAUGUCACGCCGGCUAGCCGCGUUUCGAAUUCCCCGACGCUAUCCGACGCGCGGGCAUACCCAGCUUAUCGUUCCACAUUCCGAUAGUUUAGUGAAAACCUGUGAUGGUCCGGCGCCGAUAUGGCGUUAAUCCGGCCGUUUCCGGGCCGGCUCGGUUCUGUUCGGGAUGGAUCUGAGCCGCUCAGAGCGAUCUCCCCCGGCGGUUAAUGUCCUGUCACAGCUCGUAGAGUCCUCUGAGCGGCACCGAUCGGCCCGCCGGGAGGCCGGUGUCCGUCACAGUCACACUGUCUGGCAGAUAUUAUUGAGAAGCGAUGCUAGUCGAUUACGGCCGUUGUGCGCCGGCCGCCGGGACGCGCCGGCCGCCGGGAGCCGCUGAAAGCCGCGCCGGCCCGGCCCGGCCCGGCCCGGCCCGGUAAGGCCGACCCGUGGAGGCAGCCAGUCUCUCCUGCUGCCGCCGCCGCCGCCGCCGCCGCUGGCUGAGACCUAUGUGUGUAGAUGGUACUUGGUGUGGACAUGUGUAUUUAAUAAAUCAUUUGCGAGUGAU